UCUCGGCUGUCCUGCUUGAUUGAUACGAGAUUUAUUUAUAAACUGCGUAAAUUGAGUGGAAAAAAUGCGCUCAUAAACUAUCCAAAUGUUAAAAUAUAAGUGAAAAAUGAUAACAUUCGGCGCUGCGAGCACCACGGCGUUGGAAGACACGGGCGAAGUGAGAAGCAUUUGUGAAAGUAUUGGCAGUGAUGGAUCUAAUGCUACCGUUCAGCCAGGGGCCACCAACCAAAGGCCUCGUAUGGACAUCGCCUGUGUCUUGGAUAUCACCGAAACAACAAAUCUGUCGCAUAGGAAAAGGGCUUUGGAAGAAGUCCGAAUGGCUGCGGAACUAGUCAAUGCAAAUCUUCAUUAUAUUAGUUAUGAGAAGCUGGAUUUUGGAGAGACAACUGUGCUGGAUACAUUUUAUAAUGCUGAUGUGGCAAUUGUUGAUCUUAGUGUACAAAUGCAACAAAUUACAUUAUUAUACCAUUUGGGUGUGAGAGAGAGCUUUGACAUGAAACAAAAUGUAUUGCUAUAUAAUGACAUCGAUCCUGAUUCCACUCGACGACUUAAGACACCUCUUCCUAAUUUUUUGUUUGUGUCAUACAAACUUUCGGAUAUGAACACAUGUGUAGUCACAAAUCCGGCAGGUACAAAAUUUAAGGGGGAAGAAACGCCUGAUCCCAAACAGCAUCUUACAUUGCGUCUAAAGAAUGUAUUGCAGGAUGUUGAAAUACAGACAAAAGCCCACCUACAAGAGAAGUUUCUCUCAGACUUGCGUAAAGCGCGCGAAACGUACAGCGGGCCAGAACUAGCGAAUGUUCUUCACGCUAUGCGCCGACGCCUGGACGACCCCGCCGUGCUGUCGGGCGAUACCAUAUUGAAUAUGCUUAUAUCUUUUCGAGAAAUACAAGACUAUGAUGCAAUAGUGCAGAUUGUUGAUGAUUUAAAAACGAUUAUCAGUGGCAAGAAUUAUGUUAAAAUGCCUAUUAUUAGGUUUAUGUACGCAUUUGCUAUGAAUAGACGGAAUAAAGAAGGCGAUAGAGAGAACGCUUUGAAAGUGUGCAUACAGGCUUUGGAUAAAAAAGAAAAUCGUUUCCCGGAUAUGUUGUGUUUGUGUGGUCGUAUAUAUAAAGACAAAUUCAUUGAAUCUCAACACAUGGACAUGGAGAGCUUGAAGAAUGCCAUCCAUUGGUAUAGGCAGGGUUUUGAAAUACAGAGAAAUGAGUAUGCAGGAAUCAAUUUAGCCACAUUAUUGGUCAUUGCGGGGAAUGACUUCAAAAACUCUCAAGAAUUGCAACAAAUAGCUAUGGUUCUAAAUCAUCUGAUAGGGAGAAAGGGCAGUUUGUCGUCAUUAAAAGAGUACUGGGAUGUUGCCACGUUUUUCGAGAUUUCUGUACUUGCUCAGGAUUACGUUAAAGCAAUACAAGCAGCCGAGUGCAUGUUUAAACUGAAACCGCCUAAUUGGUACCUGAAGUCCACUGUUGGGAAUAUCGAGUUGAUCGACAGGUUUAGGAAAAAGAACGAAGAGUUAACACCUGAGGAGAAGGUUUUCGCGUUUUGGAUGGAAUAUUUUGUGGAAGCUACAAAAACAACAAGCGAAAAUAUAAUACGAUUUCCAGUUCUCAUAUUGGAAACAACGAAAAUAUAUAUGCCGUCGUAUGUAAAUGUGAACAUGGGGGCUGAACAAAAGUCUGUGGAAAUAUUCAACCUCUGUAUGGAAUCGAUGCAUAGGGAGUGUCGGCAAGUGCACCGAUGGCUGUUCACCUCCGAUAUGAUAAGAAGUUACAGUUUAUAUAAACGCGAUGAGCGAUGUCUUUUCCUCUAUGUGAGUGAGAAUUCAGAUGACUUCCAAAUAUUCUUACCAUCUGAACUGUAUCGACAACAUUUGCACGAUCUGUUAGGUGAACUCACAGCAGACCAUGAGAAAGUAACUGAUUUGGAUACAUCUGUGAUGCAGGAGCAGCUAAAGUAUGAGUACGAGUUGGAUGACUGUAACAAGCGUGUGGUGUUGGGUAAAGGUACAUACGGCAUGGUGUAUGCCGCACGGGAUCUGCGUACCCAAGUCCGUAUUGCGGUCAAGGAGAUCCCCGAGAAGAAUCUCGGCGCCGUACAACCUCUUCAUGAGGAAAUUCUUUUGCACUCCCAGCUGCGGCACAGGAAUAUAGUGCAGUACCUGGGUUCUAUAUCAGAAGAUAACUAUUUCAAAAUAUUCAUGGAGCAAGUGCCUGGAGGCUCGUUAUCAGCUUUAUUAAAGUCAAAAUGGGGUCCACUGAAGGAAAAUGAAGGGACAAUAGCUUAUUAUACCAAACAAAUUCUGGAAGGUUUAAAAUACCUUCACGAUCAGAAAAUAGUCCAUCGAGAUAUAAAAGGUGAUAAUGUACUCGUGAAUACAUACAGUGGCGUCGUAAAGAUAUCAGAUUUUGGCACAUCGAAACGAUUGGCCGGAUUAUGUCCUUCGACGGAAACAUUUGCGGGGACUUUGCAGUACAUGGCACCUGAAGUUAUUGAUAAAGGCCAAAGAGGAUAUGGAGCACCAGCGGAUAUUUGGUCUCUUGGAUGCACAGUUGUAGAGAUGGCCACUGGUAACCCUCCGUUCAUGGAAUUAGGCUCACCACACGCGGCCAUGUUUAAGGUUGGCUAUUACAAGAUACAUCCGGAAAUACCGAAUGAGCUAUCACAAAAAGCUAAAAGCUUCAUUCUUCGUUGCUUCAUCUCGGAUGCAGAGAAGCGUGCUACAGCAGCUGAAUUGCUCGAAGAUGGGUUCCUUUGCGAAAAAAAGAAGAACACUGGCCGUUUAGGAAGCAGUAUAGAUUAUAAUCGUAGCAUCUCAGUUCCUGCUGACAAGGCCAGACAAACUAUAUCCCAAAAAAAGAUUUCAGAACCAUACAUCCAAGGGACACUUCCCAGCUCACCGGAAAUCGAGGUGAAAACGGUCCGGUCUAAUCCGACAAUCACUAGGACAGCUUCGUCGAUGCUAUCACCGAUAUUGAUAUACCCACCGGACUUGUCGAAUAGCAGCACGAUGCCCAAUACGCCAUCUACUGAUGAAAUGGAUAGCAGUGACACAUUGCUCAACCGACGAAAUUCAUCCGGAGGACUCUUGUCGCCUGAGGUGGAUUUGAUAAACGGGGGUCGAUCGUCUGUAGAAAUGGAAGAUGAUGGUUUCUAUCUACUGAAGAAGGAUUCACAACGGCGUAUUACUCUCUCCCGUGUGUUAGAACAGGACAGCGAAAAAGUGUGCUCCAAAUGGAUGGACAAUAUACAAGAGGAUUUCGGAAAUACUGUAUUAACAAUGAAUCAUUUAACAGUACUUCACUGCGCUUUGAAAGAUUAUAUAUCGCAACAAAAUAGGCAGGUCAUAGAACGAGCCGUGAUCACACUAAAGGAGGAUUUAGAUUUCGACUCUAAUGCCAUUAAUGAGUUGCAUUCAGCCAUCUAUAUGUUCCAAGAGGCUGCUAACGCUGUACUUAGGAUGCACAGUAUAAAACCCCAUUGGAUGUUCGCGUUGGACAAUUUAGUGCGGAAUGCAGUACAAGCCGCAAUAACUGUGUUGUCACCGGAGUUGGGCGCGAACCUGGCCGGGGAAUCGCGUCGCGGUGGCGGUGGUCCUCCGGAGGCGGCCACCUCCUCCGCACUCUCUACAGCAACCUCAGCUAGAGACCACCAGCAGCACCAGUGGCGGCAGGAGAUACACAAAUUGCAUCAAGAAUUGCUGGAUAGCUAUCAGCAAUAUCAAGCGUUACUACGUCAGAUGCUGGAAGAACAGAAGAUGCAGACGCAGAUUAUUAGAGAGCUGGCGAGUGGAAGGCAGAAUAUACAUACUCAAGAGUUGCCAGAAGUCGACCAGGAGCAACUAGCACCUAUUAGAGAUUGGGCAUUGUCUCGUGGUGUUCCUGAGACGGCAGCACGGGCUUUGGUUGCACAGGAAUAUUCUCUUUCAGAUUUGUUGCAACAUGCACAGAGAGAAGACAUCGCUAAGUUGAAUCUCAAAGGUGGUGUAGAGCUACGUCUAUGGCGAGCGAUAGUGGAGCAUCGACUGCAGUCAAACGCGAACCAUCUCCGUCGGACGAGCAGCACGGAAACCGAUAUGGACACAAACUCAAUAGUAGUGGUCGACUGCCAGCGAUGUGAGUCGACCAACAGAACCGAAUCGAAUUUAUCCUGUUCAAACAAUCCUACUAUCGUGAUUAGGGAUCAAGUUAAUGGAGACGGAGGCGCGAUGGAGACAGCCGAGUAUUUAACAGAGAGUAUUGACAACCCUUGACUAUUUCGUGGGUGGUGCACUCUGCAAUGAAGGCCAAUGGUUAUAAAGACACCUAAUCGCAACCAGUGUUUUAGUCUAUCUGUACGUAUUAUAUUUAUGAUAUUUUGAUGUUUAAUUGAAGUUUAGGUUUUCAUUAAACAUAAGAUGUGUAACACGUAAACCAUGACUACAAAAAGUGCAAUCAUUUGUCGUAUUGCAAAUAUACAUUUAAUUAAUUAAUUUAUUUCCUAAAAUGUUAUUCAAGAGGCAGAAUUAAUGGUAUUAACAUAAAUUAAUGGUAGAGCUGCGUCACCUUUAGAAUG